AUUGAUAAACGAUUUGGACUUCUUUCAAACUAGAAAUAUCCCAAUUGCGCCAAAUGUUUUCUCUCGAAUUCAACAAAUACAGGAAAUGCUUCAAGAUACAACACCAUUCUCCAAUGAAAUGAUUACUUAUAUAAGACAAAAACAGUUGAAUCCUCAUUAUUUUAAGGAAAUUUUUGAAAAAGCAUUUAAUUUGGCAUAUGAAAAAUUUAUGAA